GUUACCGUGGAAACCGCGGCCAUGGCGGCACCGCGGCAAAUCCCCAGCCACAUAGUGCGCCGCAAGCCCAGCUGCUCUACAAACUCGUCGUUCACCCGGACGCCGGUGCCCACCGUGUCUCUCGCGUCCCGCGAGCUGCCUGUCUCGUCGUGGCAGGUCGCCGAGCCGUCGAGCAAGAAUCUGUGGGAGCAGAUCUGCAAGGAGUAUGAAGCUGAGCAGCCUCCCUUUCCAGAAGGAUAUAAAGUCAAACAGGAGCCUGUGAUUACAGUUGCGCCGGUAGAGGAAAUGCUUUUUCAUGGCUUCAGUGCAGAGCACUAUUUUCCAGUUUCCCAUUUCACCAUGAUCUCACAUACACCCUGUCCUCAAGAUAAAUCGGAAACAAUCAACCCAAAAACAUGUGCUCCCAAAGAAUAUUUGGAAACUUUCAUCUUUCCUGUUCUGCUUCCCGGAAUGGCUAGCCUGCUUCACCAAGCGAAGAAAGAAAAAUGUUUUGAGAGGAAAAGAACCAAAUUCAUUGCCUGUGAUUUUCUGACCGAGUGGUUAUACAACCAAAAUCCAAAGAGGGCAGGGGAGCCAUUCACAGAAUUUUUCUCCAUUCCAUUUGUGGAGGAGCGGCUAAAGCAACACCCACGGCCGCCAAUCCCACUCUCGCUCCUGCUGACAGAAGAGGAAGCAGCCCUCUACAUUCAAUCCUUCUGGAGAGCCUGUGUGGUUCGCCGUGAUCCUGAGAUUCAAGAACUGCGUCAGUGGCAGAAGAAACUUCGCGAGGCCAAGCACAUUCACCAGCGAGUCAAAAUUUUCUGGGCCAAGCAAGAACAAAAAGUGAAAUGCAAAAUGGAGGACGAUGCAGUACCUGCAGCCAAGAUGAAAAUUCCAUCAUCUUAACCAUAGCUAAGACGUAUCUUUGCCCAUUCGAGCACAAGUUACCUUGUGCAAGGAAAAUGUCCAAAUGAUGCUCUCUCUCUUGUGAUUUCUUUAACAAGACUUGGAACAUGUGAAAAUGGAAUCUUUUCUGUACAAGAUAGGAUUCGUUGCAAACAAGCUUUAAUGCAAAUAGUUUAGAAAAGAAAGGACCAGUCUUCACUUUCUGCAUUAUCCCCACAUUUUAUUCAUUCAUCCAGAUUACUUCUUCAGUGCCUCAGGCGUAUUCUUCUACACCAGCUGCUGUUAAAAUGUACAAUGAACUCUAGUCCCAAGGAAUACAGAAGUGCUCUUAUUACCAGUUUUCCCACUUGUGGCCGCCUUUGCAAAGAUCCAUAUUCUAAUUUAAGUCCCCAACCUCUGAAUUUGGUUUUAAGUUUACCUAGUGACUGACUACUCUCUUUAUAAAAAAGACCUUAUACUUAAUGAUCAUUUCCAAAGGAGACCACUCCUUAACUUUUACUGCAAACCCAACAAGAUGAGACACUUAAACCCAGACAGAUGUAACAAAGGAUUUUUGUUGUCUAAGUCCCAAAGUAUUAUAUAGAAAGUUCCUGCUUUUAUGGGUAAACUUAUUACCUUAAUAUGUUCUGUGGUUUGCUGUUAACCAAGAUUCUCCCAUUUAAAAUGCCACAGACCGACCCUCAAGGCAGAUCCGAAAGCCUAGUAGUUAGUUGCAUUGGGUUGUUUUGACAAGCUACCACACAUCUUAAGUAAAUAGUAAAGCCUUUAUUUUUGUGUUAAGAACAGCAUUUUGAAAAUAAAACCUAUCUGCCCAUGCUUUA